AUGAAGUAUAUUGGUUCUCUUGAUCAGGGCACAACUAGCUCGCGCUUUAUUAUUUUUGAUGAGACGCAACGCAUUGUCGCAAUAUCUCAGCAGCAGCACGAGCAGCUUACUCCGCAGGCUGGAUGGCUGGAGCACGACCCGAUGGAGAUGUACCGCGCAAGCUGCAAGUGCAUUGUGAAUGCUGUGGAGGAAGCGCGACGAAAGAGGACUGACUUCGUGAAACUUGAGGCGAUUGGCAUCACGAAUCAACGUGAGACGACGGUCGCCUGGGAUCGUGAAACGAAGGAGCCUUUGUGCAACGCCAUUGUGUGGAGUGAUUUGCGCACGUACGACCUUGCAGUGAGAAUUGCGAACGAGGUGGCCGGUGGAGACAGAAAUUUUGCUGUGAAAACAACUGGUUUGCCCGUCAGUACUUACUUCUCUGCUUUCAAGAUGCGCUGGAUGCUGGAAAACGUCCCUGCUGUGGCAGAGGCCCGUCGACGUGGAACCUUGUGCUUUGGUACCAUUGACUCGUGGAUGAUAUACAAGCUCAGUGCACACAAGGCUUUUCUGACGGAUGUCACAAACGCCUCUCGCACCUUCCUGAUGGAUAUUCACACAAGGACUUGGUCAGCGGAGCUAUGCCGCAAGAUGGGUAUUCCGAAAGAGUGUUUGCCAGAAAUCAGGAGCAACAGCGAGUUUUUUGCGAAUGUGGCUUCGGAUGAGUGCGGCGUCACAAAGGCCCUGGGGCCCACGACCCCCAUCAUGGGCAGCGUCGGUGACCAGCAGGGAGCCUUGUUGGGCAACAUGUGCUUCAACGCCGGGGAGGUGAAGAACACGUACGGCACCGGUUGCUUCCUCCUCAUGACAGUCGGGGAGGAGGUGCAGUACUCGAAGCAUGGUCUUCUUUCCACAGUUGCAUAUCAACUUGGAAAGGAUGGCCCGUGUUUCUACGCGCUCGAAGGUUCCAUUGCUGGCGCUGGUGCAACCGUUGAGUGGAUGAAGAACAGAAUGAAGUUGUUCGACAAGAUCACAGACUGUGAGAAGCUUGCACGCACUGUCCCCGAUACAAACGGGGUUGUGUUUGUGCCUGCAUUCUCUGGUCUGCUUGCGCCGUACUGGGACCCCAGCGCCCGUGGGACUAUUGUUGGAAUGACCCUGAAGACCACCAAAGCCCACGUUAUUCGUGCAGCACUUCAGGCAAUCGCACUUCAAGUCGCUGCUGUGAUGGAAUCAAUGAACCAAGAUACCGGAAUCGAUAUUAAAUAUCUGCGCGUCGACGGUGGACUGGCAUUGAACCGCCUCCUUUUGGAGAUUCAGGCAGACAUGCUGGGACUCGAACUCCAGCUGCCAUCUAUGGGCGAAACCACCGCACUUGGCGCAGCAAUUUGCGCUGGCCUCGCGGUGGGUGUGUGGAAGUCGGUCGACGAAGUCAAAGAGGCCUCGCAGCGCGGAAACCGACUGCAGACGAUCAAGCCUACGGCUUCUUCAGACUUCCGGAAGGAAGUGAAGGAGCAAUGGGAGCGUGCCCUGCAGCGGGCAAAAUGGGCCAAGCUUUAG